AUGGCUGCUAGGGAUGAUGCAAAGCACGCGAAGACGAGGGAAAAGAUCCAAAAUGCUAUGCACGAGGCGGACCAGUACGUUGUCGGUGGUCGGGCCCGCGACCAGGUCGAAAGGCCCGCGGUGCCUAAGGCUCCUGUGAAAGAGGAAACGGAGGAGAUUUCCAUUGCUGGGAGGACGAAGAUGACGGUGCCGAAGAGAAAGGAUCAAGACACGCUUUCCAAGCCGGAGUCGCGGCGAAAGGAUGAGGAUGAGGAUGAGGAUGAGGAUGAGGAUGAGGAUGAAGAUGAAGAGGAGGAGGAUGAUGAUGACAAGGUCGCAGAGAGAGAUCGAAAGAGGAAGGGGUAUUAUGAUGAGGAUGAAGAGGACAACGACGACGAAGAGGAGGAUGAGGAUGAAGACGAGGAUACAAAGAGAUAUCGAAAGAAGAAGGGGUCUUAUGAUGAGGAGGAGGACGAUGACGACGACGCAGAGGAAGAAGAGGAAGAAGAGAGAUAUCGAAAGAAGAAGGGAAGUUAUGAUGAGGAGGAGGACGACGACGAGGAAGAGGAAGAAAAGACAUAUCGAAGAAAUAGGGGACGUUAUGAUGAUGAAGAUGAGGACAAGGACAAGGACGAGGACGAGGACGAGGACGAGGACGAGCAUGCAAAGACAUAUCGAAGAAAGAAGGGAGCCUAUGAGGGUAAGGAUGAGCUGGAACUGGAAGAUGAAGACCAAGAAGAACUUGGAGAAGAUGAUGAUUGGGGAGAAGAACGAAAGACCAAGCCGAGCAACCUCGAGGCCAAGCGCGAGCUCAAUACGCUACUCAAGCGGUAUCCAGGUAUGUAUAUCAACGUGCUCUACGCCAUGGCGAUUCCGCAUGCUGACCAGCCCCCAGUCGUUAUCUUUUCCAAGUCUUACUGCCCCUACAGCAAGAAGGCCAAGUCAAUCCUGCUCGACCAAUACACCAUUGUGCCGAAGCCGCAUGUGGUCGAACUGGACCAAAACCCCAUCGGGCCGGAGCUUCAGAAUGUCUUGAAAGGAAGGACGGGCCGGCGCACUGUGCCCAACAUACUGGUAAAUGGGAAGAGCAUUGGAGGUGGGGACGAUAUUUCUGAACUGGACGAGAACCGCGAGCUGGCCUCGACGCUGCGGCGAUUGGGAGGGAAGCGGGUUGCGAAGGCCCGGCGUCAGUCUGGCUGA